AUGCCUGCCAAGAUCAGCGGCCUCGACGUCGCCUUUCCGCAGGACCAGAACCUUCACACGUUCCUCUUUAGCAAUCCACUCCAGAACCUGCCCAACCGCUUUGCCGACGAGUAUCCCAACCACACCUAUGAUGGCGCUCCCAUCCCGCAACAACGUCCCAUUCUCGUUCACGACGGCACCGGAGCACAGCUCAGCUGGGCGAGGUUGAAGGCGGAUAGCCUGCGCCUCGCACGGUCGCUCCAGGCACUCACGGGCCCACCGCCCGCCUUUGCUCCCAGUUCCAGACGCCCACUCGAGCCCAUCCAUGCGCCUCGUACUACGGUGCUCAUGCACAUCCCCAAUGGCAUGGUGUGGCCCCUCGUCGCCCUCGGCACCGUCGCCGCCAAUCUCACCGUCUGCCCCAUCUCCACCUACCUCAGCCCUCGCGAGCUCGCCUACAUCCUCGCCAAGGCGCGCCCACAGCUCCUCUUCACCACCGUCGGUGCAGAGGGCGAGGUGCCCCUGCGCAAAGCUCUGCAGCUCCUGCUCGACUCUCCUCCGUCGGACCUGGGUCAGGUCAAGGCGGCCGAAAUCCGAGCUUGGGCCACCGAGCUCGCUCGUGACUGGGACCAGGCCAAGGCCGCCCGUCUCGAGAAGAGCAACCAGAUCCCCUUCCGCCGUCGCCGCGUCUGGACCGUCGACAUCUCGUCGGGCAUGGACUACUACGGCACCAACUUUGACCGCAACGGCGUGGCAUCGGCACACGACCCUCGCGACUGGACCCACCUCUUGCUGCCGCCCCCGGGAAGCAAGGCAGAAGGCAGCAUCGCCAGCCUCGACAGGCCUGCCUUCACCCCCGCACCUAUGACGCCCGAGGAACAGCAGAGGCGCAUUGCCUUUGUCCUCUGGUCCAGCGGCACCACUGGCCAGAGCAAGGGGGUCCUCAUCAGCCAUCGCGCCCUCGUCAGCAACACCCUCGGUAUUUGGGACUCCAAUCCUCAUUUCAGCGGCUCCUCUCGCGGCUCCAACGGCGGCGGCGAGCGAUGGAUCACACUCGCGCCUUGGUACCAUGUGUACGGUCUUGCCACCGUUCUUCUCCCCACCGUGGCGUUCGGCACGACGCUCAUCAUUCCCGCCUCGCCCAAGUUCGACCUGGGCUACUACCUCCGAUUGGUGACUCGCUAUCGCGCCACGUUCAGCCACAUUGCUCCCGCCGUAGCGGUUGCGCUCCGUUCGUGUCCGCACCUCGACCCGACCUCGCCGCAGAGCAAGGGCAUCGAUCUCUCGAGCAUCGCCGCCUUCCUCACCGGCGGCGCUCCCGUGCCUGUCGAGGUGGUUCGCAAGGUGUACGAGCGAACGGGCAAGUACAUCCACCUGGGCUUCGGCACCACCGAGACCUGCUCCACCGCCCAGACCGCCGGCCUGGGGCUCGAUGCCGAUGCGUGUGGCCCGCGCGAUGAGCUGGGCAGUGUGGGCAUGCCUGUCCCCAACACCGAGAUCCAGAUUCGGCCCCUGCCUGGCACCAGUCAGGAGCAGGUGGAGCAGAGGCGCGAAGAGAUUCGCAGCAUGUCUCGUCAAGCACGUGCCCGCGGCGAGCGCGCGCCGCUGGACCCGGAGCUGGUGGGCGAGGUGCUCAUCCGUGCGCCUGCCGUCAUGUCGGGCUACUUUUCGGGUCUUUCCUCCGAGACGCACUCGGCGCUCGAUCCCGAACUCACCCAGGGUGCUUUCACCGAAGACGGCUGGUACCGCUCGGGCGACGAAGGCUGCCUCGACGCCAACGGCCGCCUGUGGAUCACGGGCCGCACCAAGGAGCUCAUCAAGGUCAAGGGAUUCCAAGUGUCACCCGCCGAGCUCGACGAUCUCUUUGCUACUCAUCCCGAGCUCAUCGAUGCUGCGGCAACGGGCUAUGUCAAGGACAAGUCGACGGGCGAGGAGCAUGUUCUGCUGCUCGUGGUGCCCAAGGACAAGUCGAUGCUCACCAAGGAACGCGAGAUGCACGAGCUGGCCUCGCGCCUGCACACCUGGGUUGGAGACAAGACGGCCUACUACAAGUGGCCCAGCACCUACCUCUUUGCCGAGUCGGCCCCGAGGAACCCGACGGGCAAACUGCUGCGCAAGGACAUCGCCGCGACAAAGGGGCACACAGUGGACAUUGCGAAACAGUCUAGAAAGGCGGCCUCGCCAAACCUGCAGGCCAAGCUCUGA